CCCGCAUCAAGCCCCGCCCCUCGCCUUGGCUCCGCCCCUUGCGCCCCCAAACAACCUUUGAGUCUUACCUUCUUCCCCCGGGGUCCGUUUUUGUGUGUGUGAAUGGAGCCCCAGGGUGGUUAGAGCGUCAUCAGACGGUCUUACUUUCCCAGAAGCUUUCAUGUUUCACUUUAUUUAUUCAGUCAAAUGGCAAGUUAUUUAAUACUCCUGGGUACAGGCCCUAGAAUGACACUGAAAUCAGACCAGCAUCCUGCCGUUCGGGGUCACAGUCUGCACAGGGACAUUAGCCUUCUCCAGGGCAAGGUAAAGGAUGAUUUGAGCACUAGAGGACCCUAGGGCAAGCAGUAGGAGCAUAUGGCAGGAAGGAAUCGUUUCUUGCUUUGAGAGGGUAGGGACCGUGAUCAUCUUGGAACGUUCUGUGAUGGAAGGGCUUCAAGAUGGAUACAUUAAAUUUGGACCUGUGGCCAUAGUGGUCACCUGUCGUGUGACAGGUGUCACAAUAGGUCAGUUAAUUUUCACAGCCCUAUAAGGUAGUUUCUCUUAACCCAGUUUUACAAUGGGGAAAUUCGGAGAGGUUAAGUGCCCUGCCCAAAGUCACACAGCCAGUAAGUGGUAAAGUGGAAUUUCCAGUUGUAGCCUGUCCGACUACAAGUUUGUUCUCUUUACUAUCCCUUUGCGUUCCAGAGCGAACGGAGAGAGUAGAGGCCCUGGGCAGAUGAGGGCAUAUCCAGUAGCUUGGUUUACUCAGGGAGCAGGGUGCGGGGUGCCUGAAAAGGAGUAUAGAAAAUAAAGCUGGAAAAGGAGUUUGGGGACUCAAAAGUCCGAGUGAAGAAUUUGGGCUUCAUUUUCAUAGGACGGGGGUAAGAUGGCAAGAGUUCUUACCUGGCAAGUGAGAGCAAAGCCUAAAUUCAGGAAGAGCAAACAUAAACCCACCUAUCCACUAAUGAGUCCACCAGAUGCCGAAGUUCCCAUCUUGGUGAAAGGAGAAGAGAAAAACAUCUCUGUUUGCUCAUUGCACAUCCCCAUCCCCUAAAACACAUGCACACAAACACAUACUUUUCCCUUAUGUAUAUGUUCUACCAUCUCUCAUACAUCCUAGCGGGAAGCCAGCAUUUUGAGAUUUCUUCUGGUCCUCUCCACCCUGCAGGCCCUCUUAGCCUGCAUUUGAGCUUGAGUCCCAUCUGCCCUCUCUGUGCCUCCCAUGAUAAGGAGUUCACCAGGUCACAUUUCUCUGUUUCAGGCUGGACCUGUCAGGACGACUGUAAGUAUGAGUGUAUGUGGGUCACUGUUGGCCUCUACCUCAAGGAAGGUCACAGAGUGCCUCAGUUCCAUGGCAAGUGGCCCUUCUCCCGGUUCCUGUUCUUCCAAGAGCCAGCUUCUGCCAUGGCCUCUUUCCUCAACGGCUUGGCCAGCCUGGUGAUGCUCUGCCGCUACCAUACCUCCGUGCCAGCCUCCUCCCCCAUGUAUCCCACCUGCGUGGCCUUCGCCUGGGUCUCCCUCAAUGCUUGGUUCUGGUCCACAGUCUUCCACACCAAGGACACCGACCUCACAGAGAAAAUGGAUUACUUCUGUGCGUCCACCGUCAUCCUACACUCUGUCUAUCUGUGCUGCGUCAGGACCGUGGGGCUGCAGCACCCGGCUGUGGCCAGUGCCUUUCGGGCCCUCCUGCUGCUAAUGCUGACCGCGCAUGUCUCCUACCUGAGCCUCGUCCAUUUCGACUAUGGCUACAACCUGGCGGCCAAUGUGGCUAUUGGCCUGGUGAACGUGGUGUGGUGGCUGGCCUGGUGCCUGCGGAACCAGCGGCGGCUGCCUCACGUGCGCAAGUGCAUGGUGGUGGUCCUGCUGCUACAGGGGCUGUCCCUGCUGGAGCUGCUCGACUUCCCACCUUUCUUCUGGGUCCUGGACGCCCACGCCAUCUGGCACAUCAGCACCAUCCCGGUCCACAUCCUGUUCUUCAGCUUUCUGGAAGAUGACAGCCUGUAUCUGCUGAAGGAAUCAGAAGCCAAGUUCAAGCUGGACUGAAGGCCCUGGGAGCGUGUCUGCCCCACUGGGGGUCCUGCCCUCUCCCCGCUGCUCCCCUUCUCCUCAUAAUCCUUGAGAUGAUUAAUUUUUUUUUUUUUCCUUUUAGCAUCUUGAACUUGGACAUGAAGGGUGUGGGCCCAGAAUCAUGUAACUGCCCAUCCCCUUGCUUGCCCCCACAUGGCCCUCCCAGGCCUUGGAGUCUGUUCAGGCUUGGCCUCUCAGCAUCUGGGGUUAGAGAAUGGGCAGCCUCUCCGGUCCCUGGAGCAGAACUGGAGUAGAACUGUGUUCUUAGCUCCACCAAGAGGAGAGCUGCCUCUGCCUCCCCAUCAGCCUCUUCCCCACAUCCCCUCAGUGCCUGGGUGGUUCCCACAGCUGUUUGUCUAUCUGGGAAACCAGGUACCACAGACCUUUGGGGACAGUGGGGUCCCCUCCUGUUACCCCCCUGCCCUCCUCCAGGGCACCACUAGGUGGCACUAGACUCUUGCUCUUUGGCUACCCAAGUUCCAAGGUUGGUCUCAUUCUCCCCAUGGGAUCUUGAGGGACUAAGCCCCUGGAACUGGGGAGUGGUCUUACCCUGACUGUUGCUUCAGCCAGACCCCCAAGAGGCCUCACUGUGUUCCUUCCCCCUUCAAGGCCAGAACCCCACAGAGCCCAGGACGGGAAUCCCUCUGGCUCCUCUGCUGCUGUUCUGGUUGAGAGCCUGCACGUGAAUGUGUACGGGAGUGUGAACCAGACUGAGUGCAUAGGUGACAGAGUGGUGGGCACGGGCCUGAGGUGUGUGGGAUGCUGGGUGGGGCAGUGUGUAUGAGCGUGGGUGGAGAGUGGGGUGGGGUGUGAGUGGUUUUAAAGUGUGUGCUGCAGGACAGGUGGGGGAGUGUGAGUGCCAUGAGUGUACCACACAGUGGGGGCAGGUUGGAGAAAUAUGGGGUAUCGAGUUACCACCACCAAGUACCUAUUGAGCACUAGCUCUGCACAAGGCCCCAGGCCAGGCAGAGAGCCAGGAUAUCCUCAAAGUCUGGCUGGGGGUACGAGUGUCCAGGCUGCAUGUGUGUGUUUCUGUCCAUUGCCCCCACUUUACAGCCCUCUAAAUCUCGGAGGGCCCACACACAACUCAAGAUCACCCUCCAGAACCAGCCUCUUGGGAGUCAGAGGGAGGUGGGGAAAUGGAGAUCCUCUGCGCCUCUCCAGCCUUCUGUCUCCUUGCCUAGGCUUGGGUGGCCUUCCCUUCCCGGAGUAACCUACCUGCUAAGCCCCUUUGUCACAACCUGGACCUUGGGAAGGGGGGCGAUCUGAGGGAGUAGGGGAGGAGGAUUGUGGCUGGGUCUGGUUUCUGGCCUUCCCAGAGACAGGCAGGGGCCACGCUGUACCUGCACCCCAGUAAAGGUGACCCCUGCUAGUUGCCAGCAGCCCUGGCACAUUCGUGCUCCGCAAGGACACAACGUGAAGCUCCAGAAACUUUCCAUCCAAAGGCAGUCUGUGUGAUUGGAGCAGGGAGUCUGGAUUCUUGUUCUUUCCCUGCCCUCUUGCCCUCCCUGGAGUUGGGGCACUGUACUAUGACUCCAACCUCAGACUCGGGUGACCUGUGUUUUGUUUUUUUUUUUUUUUUUUUUUUAUUGAGAACUAUUUUAAGGUGAGAGAGAGGGUAGCAAGGAACAUUCUUAAUAAACGAAUUCUCAGCCUCA